GUGUAUGAUUGCUGAUGAGAUGGGGCUAGGUAAAACAAUUCAAGCAAUUGCCAUUUCCUAUUACUAUAAGAACGAAUGGCCUCUCUUAAUUGUAGUGCCUUCAUCUCUGAGAUACCCUUGGGUUGAUGAGAUGGAGAAGUGGAUUCCAGAACUCUCUCCAGAUGAUAUUAGCAUCAUUCAGAACAAAACUGAUACUGGGAGAAUAUCAACCAGCAAAGUAACAAUUCUGGGGUAUGGCCUGUUAACUUCUGAUGCACAGACUCUAGUAGACACUUUGUACAGGCAGAACUUUAAGGUAGUUGUGAUUGAUGAAUCUCACUAUAUGAAAUCCAGAAAUGCCACCCGCAGCAAGAUUUUGUUGCCAAUUGUGCAGAAAGCUCUUAGAGCUAUUCUUCUUACUGGAACUCCUGCUCUAGGAAGACCUGAAGAGCUUUUCAUGCAGAUCGAGGCACUGUUUCCAAGAAGAUUUGGAACUUGGAGUGAAUAUGCCAAAAAAUACUGCAAUGCUCAUGUCAGGUUUUUUGGUAAAAGAACUCUAUGGGACUGUAGAGGAGCUUCAAAUUUAGAAGAACUACAUCAACUUUUAAGUGAAAUAAUGAUCAGAAGACUGAAGAAUGAUGUUCUAACUCAGUUGCCUCCCAAAGUUAGGCAACGAAUUCCAUUUGACCUCCCGCAAGCCGCAGCUAAGAAUUUGAAUACCACUUUCGCAGAGUGGGAGAAAUUAAUGAGAAAUCUGAAUUCAGAUGCUACUGAAAGCCACUUUUCUCAAGUCAUGAAUCUAAUUACACGCAUGUAUAAAGAAACAGCCAUUGCCAAGGCAGGAGCAGUAAAAGACUAUAUCAAAAUGAUGCUUGAAAAUGACAAACUGAAGUUUCUAGUUUUUGCUCACCACUUAAGCAUGCUUCAAGCCUGUACAGAGGCAGUUAUAGAAAAUAAGGUUCGCUACAUACGAAUAGAUGGAAGUGUUCCUUCCGUGGAAAGAAUACAUCUUGUUAAUCAGUUUCAGAAGGAUCCUGAUACCCGGGUUGCUAUUUUGAGUAUUCAGGCAGCUGGUCAGGGUUUAACUUUCACUGCUGCUACUCAUGUUGUGUUUGCUGAAUUAUAUUGGGAUCCAGGACAUAUUAAGCAAGCAGAAGACAGAGCACACCGAAUUGGACAGUGCAGUUCUGUGAAUAUUCACUUCCUUAUUGCAAAAGGAACAAUGGAUACUCUUAUGUGGGCAAUGCUGAAUCGCAAGGCCAAAGUUACAGGCAGCACCUUGAAUGGUAAGAAAGAAAAAAUGCAGGCUGAAGAAGGUGAUAAGGAGAAAUGGGAUUUUUUGAGUUUUGCUGAGACCUGGACCCCAAAUGAAAGUCUAGAAGAGCCUAAAAAUGAACUUUUAUUUACGCAUUUUGAAAAGGAAAGACAGCAUGACAUACGUUCUUUCUUUUCCCCAAAAUCCUCUACUGUGAAGAAACGCAAAAUAUUUUCUGGUAAUGAAUCAUUACAUGAUGAUUCAGAAUCUUCUGAAGUCACAAAAGAGGAUGCAGAGAAGAGCAAUGAAAACCUGGAUUCCACAAGAAUAAGUGAUGUGGAUACAAUUUAUCAUGAAAGUACCUGUGAACGUCAAGCUAAAAGAGCAAGAAGCAUAAGUGGAUCUACUCCAGUCAACUCCAGUAAGAAAAAUAAAAAAUCUUUGACUGGAAAAAAGCCCUCUUUGUUUUCAGAAAAAUGCAAUGAAGUCUUUCCUUGUGGCUUAAAUACUUCAAGCAAAAGUACAGCUUUAAAUAAAGUUUGGCACUGUAGUGUUUGCACUUAUAGUAAUAAUGAAUUGCUCCCUUACUGUGAAAUGUGCAGUUGCCCUCAAAUCACUAAUGUUGAGAGAAGCAGUGAAGCUCCCACUAGCCAGACUGAGGAAGAUGUGUCAAAGGACUCCAGAAGAAAUGAAGAGAGCGCAGUGUGCAAUGCUGAAGAUAGAAGAGAAGAUUUUGGGGAAAUGGUGACCCAGCCACUUGUUGAAAUCAGCGAACAGGAAACUGUUGAAAUUGAAAAUGAAGAAAGUGAAAAAAAGUGUGGAGAAGGAGAUGUAGAUAAAUCAGAUACAUUUCCAAUAUAUGAUGGGCUUAUGUUUUGUGCAAGCAGAAAUACUGAUAGAAUUCACCUCUAUACAAAGGGUGGUGAACCACUGAAUCAUAAUUUCAUUCCAUUGGACAUACAGCUGGAUAACUGGGAGGAUUUACCAGAGACUUUCCAGCAUAAACAAAAUCGUUCAUUG